AUGCAUUACGUUGGAGGGAUAAUGAUUGGAAUUCGUGUUUUGUUAGUUUGGAUGGUCAGCAGCAUGCGGCCCUGCUGGAGCAUAUCUACAUCUCACCUGGCAAAACGAAACAUCACCUUGAAGUACGGGCCUGUGCUGCGAGGUCUGCUGCAGCAACCUGAAUACGACAACGAGAAACUGGUUGAUGUCGAAGUUUACCUCGGCGUCAAAUAUGCAACUUUAACAAAAAAUGCUCCCAACGACAAAAAUAGCGAUAAUGACGGUAAUGUUGAUUUUACGAAAAAAAUUUCUAAACAUACAAACAAAUGUAAGAAUAAAAAAGAGAUUGGUGUACCGUGGCAAUUCAGACGGUCCACAUUAUCAUCAGCUGCCUCGGCGUCACCACCAGCAUCCAACGCAUCGCUCCUCCAACGCAAAUCAUCCCCCACGAUAAAGUUGGCAGCAUCGACAACCGCACGAAAACAGGCGUACGUCAAAUCGCACAUAAAAUUUAAACCGGUCUGUCCGCAGAACACCAUCGACCCCAAAAAGUUGAUGGCCCAACAUUCGCUCGAUUACAUUGCGAGGUUGGCUCGUAUGCAAGAAUAUUUGUCGGCCCAACAGCUAGAGGAAUGUCUGAAUCUCAACAUCUACAUCCCCGCCAAACGACAUGCCAACGAUCAAAGCAAAAUUGUUACUGUUGAAAUUGAAGCCGUUAUUGAAAAUGUGCUCCUGAUUUACAGUAACGAUCAAAAAUGUUUUGUUCUCUGCGCUGUUUCUCCUAUCAUAAAAUUCAAUGGUCGUCUGUACAAUGUGCAAAAAUUUAAUGUCCCAUACAACGUCGAGACGACAGUUAGAAAAUGUCAAUCCACGCAUUUAUAUGGGGUUCUGUUUUUGAAGUCUAUCAGUCAGUCAAGAUGUGAUUUUUGA